UCGAAUGUGCCAUGUGCCAUUAGUGUUAUGACCAUGAGGCGAAGGAAGAUCGCGCUUGUCUUCGAUGAGGAGAAACGACGAGAAUUUUUAGGAGGAUUUCGUAAGAGGAAGCUAGAACGAAAGAGGAAGGCACAGGAGCAGUUACAGCAACAACUCAAGGAGGAACGAAAGAAAAUUAAACAAGAAACACGAGAACGUUAUAAGAAAUCAUUAUCAAAUCAAGUUGUCCCAGAGCUGCAAGAAUUGUUAUCUCAACAAGAAUUUAAUCUAGGCAGUCAUACAGUUAGUAUUUUAGAGUUGAACGUUGCAGACCUUGCAGAAGGAAAAAGAUGGAUAGGUGAAAACAAAAUUGCAGAAGAAAAAGAAGAGCAAGAAAAUGACGAAAGUGACAAAAGUUGUAAUAACGACGAUGUUGAUGAGAUUGUGGGAAUGUCAUUGCAAGAGAAAUGUAAGACUGAAGUGCAGUCAAAAUCUACAUCCAACAGUCAUGAGAUAAAAUCUGCGAAAAAAUUAAAACAAGAAAUAAAGAGAACAGCGUUGAAACACAUAAAAAGAAGUAAAGUAUUUCAACAAAAGCAAAGACAAGAACGAUACAGAAACAUAAAACAAAAUAGAAAAAAAUUGAAGAAACCACAGAAGUUAAUGCACAAACGUGGCAAGAGUAAAAAGAAAUCCAGACACUAGGAAAUUUGAUAAAUUAA